AUGGAGCUGUGCCGCCGUCACCGCUGUCCACCGUCCCGCCUCUGGAGUCAAUUGCAACCUUCGUCGUCGAGUCACUCCGUCGCCGUCACCGUCGUCGUUACAGCGGCAGGCGUGAGGGCCGAACAAGAAAAAAUAGGUCGUGUGGAGGAGGGAGGAGAUGCUACGCCGUCGUCGAGCAACUGCCACCGCUGGAGCUCGCCGUUGAGGCUGCUGGAGCCCCUGCCUGCCUGCUUCAUGCUCUGCCCUUGCUCUGCUCCGCCGGGGCUGAGACCUGUCUCUCCCUGUUCAUCAGAGCUUGUGGUGUUGCUGUGGGAGUCACUGCCAAAGGAGAGGAACUGCCGCCACUGCUGUUCUGCUGUUUCCUUCACCCUCGACGCUGGAGAAGGUCACCGGAGCUGCAGAUGCUCCAUCUCCUUAUUUCUUUUGUGAGAAUUAAAUUUGUUGCUACUACCCUGUCUAAAUUUCGUGCUCUUUCAUUCCAUUCUACUUCAACCUUU